AUGGUUCAGUUCAAGUCUGUCUGUACGCUGGCUGUUGCGGCGUUUGCUGCGCUGGGUGCUGCGGCGCCAGCAAGGUUGGCAGAGCGAGCUGUGUCAUCGUCGGUGCUGCAGGAGUUGUCAUUGUUUGCGCAAUACUCUGCUGCCGCUUAUUGCUCCAACAACAUCAAUUCCACGGGCACCAAGCUGACGUGCUCUGCUGGGAACUGCCCGCUGGUUGAGGCAGCCAACACCAAGACCCUUUCGGAGUUCGACGAUUCCUCCUCGUUUGGAGACGUGGCAGGCUUCUUGGUUGCAGACACCACAAACAAGCUCCUUGUGGUCUCUUUCAGAGGAAGUCGCACGAUACAAACCUGGAUUGCGAAUCUGGACUUCGGUCUGGAGAGUAGUGAUCUUUGCAGCGGAUGCUCGGUACAUACGGGAUUUUGGAAGUCCUGGGAAGUCGUUGCCAAUGCGCUGACGACCGAGCUCAAUUCUGCCAUUGCAGCUUACCCUGGCUAUACUAUCGUUUUUACCGGACACAGCUUUGGCGCUGCUCUUGCAACGCUGGGGGCUGCUACGUUGCGGAAAGCAGGAAUUUCCGUACAGCUGUAUAAUUACGGAUCGCCCCGUGUUGGAAACACGGCCUUGGCCACAUUCAUUACCGGACAGGGUUCCAAUUACCGUGUCACACACACAAACGAUAUUGUCCCCAGACUCCCGCCCCGAGCCUUUGGCUUCAGCCACACUAGCCCUGAGUACUGGAUCACGAGCGGCGACGCCGUGACUGUCACGACGUCUGAUGUCACGGUCGUCCAGGGAAUCGACUCAACCGGUGGGAACGCGGGACAGGGUUCUACCAGCGUUCCAGCCCAUAACUGGUAUAUCGUCGAUAUUGAUGGUUGUCAAUAA